UAUGGCCAGCCCAAGGACCAGGAAAGUUCUCAAAGAAGUCCGAGUACAAGAUGAGAACAACGUUUGUUUUGAGUGUGGUGCGUUCAACCCUCAGUGGGUCAGCGUGACCUAUGGCAUCUGGAUCUGUCUGGAGUGCUCUGGGAAACACCGUGGGCUUGGGGUGCAUCUCAGCUUCGUGCGCUCUGUUACAAUGGACAAGUGGAAGGACGUCGAGCUCGAGAAGAUGAAGGCAGGUGGGAAUGCCAAGUUCCGCGAGUUCUUGGAGUCGCAGGAGGAUUAUGACCCGUGCUGGUCCCUGCAGGACAAGUACAGCAGCAAAGCCGCAGCACUCUUUAGGGACAAGGUGGCCGCUGUGGCUGAAGGCCGAGAAUGGUCUCUGGAGUCAUCGCCUGCCCAGAGCUGGACCCCACCUCAGCCCAAGAUUCUGGCGUCCACAGCCCACCGGCCCUCUGGCCAGCCACAGAAUGUGACCACCUCUGCUGACAAGGCUUUCGAAGACUGGCUGAAUGAUGACCUUAGCUCCUACCAAGGGGCCCAGGAGAACCGCUAUGUGGGGUUUGGGAACACGGUGCCACCUCAGAAGAGAGAAGAUGACUUCCUUAACAACGCCAUGUCAUCCCUGUACUCGGGCUGGAGCAGCUUCACCACCGGAGCGAGCAAGUUUGCCUCUGCAGCUAAGGAAGGCGCUACAAAGUUUGGAUCCCAAGCAAGUCAAAAGUUUUGGGGUUACAAGCAGCAGCCAGAGCCGGCUGCAGAGUUGGGCCACAGCCUGAGCGAGAACGUCCUCAAGCCUGCGCAGGAGAAGGGGAAGGAGGGAAGGAUUUUUGAGGUGUCCAGUGGGGUCUCUCACUUGGCGUCCAAGGGAGCUGGCAGUAAGGGAUGGCGGGACGUCACCACCUUCUUCUCUGGGAAAACAGAAGAGCCCUCGGACAGAUCGUUCGAGAGCCAGAGCUACCAGAAUAGCGGCAGGGAUAACUUCCAGAACAAUACCAUCGACCAGAGCUUCUGGGAGACCUUUGGGAAUGCCGAGCCCUCCAAGGCCAAGUCCCCGAGCAGCGACAGCUGGACCUGCGCAGAUGCCUCGACGGGGAGGAGAAGCUCGGACAGCUGGGAUGUGUGGGGCUCAGGCUCCGCGUCCAACAACAAGAAUAGCAACAGCGAUGGCUGGGAGAGCUGGGAGGCCGCCGGCGGGGAGGGCAGGGUCAAGGCCCCCAAGAAGGCUGCUCCAUCCACCGCUGUCGACGAGGGCUGGGACAACCAGAACUGGUAGUGCCCGUUGUGUCUGGCCCACCCCUGCGGGGUGGCUGUUGUGUUUGCACUCUGCCCGCAUCCAUUCCUCCUUCAUUUGACCCAAGCAAGAGAAGGGACUGCAGCACUAGGGCCUGUUGACUUGGGUUAAGCGCCUGCUGCAUGGGGGUUCUGAACACAGGAGCAGGGUCCCCAGCGGCCCUCUUGACUCAGUUCUUGGGAUGGGCUGCUGGAGUCUGCUGCCACUAGAGGCGACUGGGCCCAGGGCCCUUGGCAGCGCCACACGUCGGUUUCUGUUGAAAUGGGUUUUAAUCUUCAAGUGUCCAGCUAGCUGGGUCUCUUCUUUUUCAAGAUGCCUGCAGUCUUAAAGGUGGAAAUACUGGAAGCCGUACCAGAGCUCACACUGCCCUUGCACCCCUUCGCCCGGCUCAGCCUGUGGUCUGUGCUGUGAAACUCGCUGCCACGCGCGCUGGCUCUCCAGGCCCCAUCUG